AUGGCGGAAAAGAAGAAAAGAAAAGUUGCAGAUGAAAACAGAAAGUUCCGUGAGUGGGAAGAAUUAUACUUUUUCAUUCAAAUAAAAGACAAAAUUAUAUGUUUAAUUUGUCGUGACUCCAUUUCAACGUUGAAAUCAUAUAACUUGAAAAGACAUUUUGAACAAAAACAUAGUGAAAUUGCAGAACUUACUGUUGGUGAAAGAAAAGCAAAACUAAAACUACUUAAGGACAAUCUGGGAGCACAACAGAGCUUUUUGCGUAAGCAACAUGUACAAUCAAAUGCUAUUGUUAGUGCCAGCAUAAAAAUCUCUAAUAUUAUUGCGAAAAAAAUGAAACCAUUCGCGGAUGGUGACUACAUCAAAGAAUGCCUAGUUGCCGCAGUUGAAGAAAUCUAUCCAGAAAAAGCCCAGCUUUUUACUCAAAUCAGUCUUUCCCAUCAAACUGUAGCACGAAGAAUUAAUGAUAUUUCAACAGAAAUUUGUGCAACACUAUGCUUAUUUUCAAAAAAUUUUGUAUAUUUUUCAUUGGCUUUGAAUGAAGCAACAGAUAUUAAGGAUACUGCUCAGCUUGCUAUUUUUAUCAGAGGUGUUGACAGACAAAUGAAUGUGACAGAAGAACUUCUUAAACUUGGGAGUUUAAAAGAUACAACAACCGGAAGAGAUAUCAAAGAAGCUGUUAUAAAUUGCAUGCAAGUUCACCAGAUUGAUUUGAAAAAUCUCAUAGGAAUCGCGACAGACGGAGCGCCUGCAAUGGUUAGAAAAAAUGUUGGUGCAGUCAACUUGAUUCUUGGCCACAAAGAAACCUUGCAAAAAACUAAUUCUUUUGAACUUUUUAUGUGA